GCUUGAUUAAGACCAAAGUUCAAUCAUAAAGUUGGUUGGUUGUUUGUCAGAAAAGUUGAAGUCCAUCGUCACGUCAGAUGAACUGCACCACAGCUAUUAAGAUGGAGAGAUGUCUCGUGUUUGGUCUGAUCGUCAUGGCGGGUGUCCUCUCUGUCGAGGGUGCAGUGUUCAUAGACCUGUGUAAUUCGACUUCUGGCGAGUCUGGUGGAAGUCAAAGUAACACCCAGGAAUCUACGACUAUUGUUGAUUAUACGUUUGGGCCGUUCAAUGAAAACUCGUAUGAGCUUGACUACUUUGGGAACGAUCCGUUUGUAGUCCGAUGUCGAAUUGUUCCAGGUGGACCGGAUGUUCGACUGGGUGGCGCCACUGAUGCGCCAUUAACAGCGUCAGCUGUUGGAACUGGCAUUGUUUACUUAGAGCCAACGAAUGAAGUGUAUGUGGCCAUUACAUUUGACGACACCUCACUGAAUGGGAUUUAUGCCUUCAAAAGGACCGGCUUUCCGGAUAUCAGGCUGGUCUUCCCGUAUGAUGGCCCCACUGGACAGCUCUACCUAUCUGGAGAUUUUCUGUAUAUGGUUGAUGGUCUGAAAGUCCUCAGGAUCGCUGAUGGCGACAGUUCAUGGACUCUAGUAACUAUGUGGCCUUUAGUUCCCAUUGGGUUUGCAGUUCAAGAUGAUGGUACAAUGGCGUUUUGCGAGUCAUCGGGUGCCCUGUGGCUGUACAAUCCAGGAACAUUUUUCUUCAGACAGGUGAAACAGCCAAAUCCUGUGUCCUGUGCAUCCCUCGAACUGCACAACGGCCUUAUCUACGUCGCAAGCAAGGGCUCGUCAAUGGUUGAGGUUUUCAACCCUUCUGCUGUUGGAACUGAUGACGUCAUGCCAUUCAAUUUGAACACGUCAACAACAUGUCCAUUACUUGUGAUAGACCCUCGGUUCUGAUCGUGAACGGACACCACGUCAUCAGAGAGUGUAACCAUCACUACAGACACACAGUUAUAAAAACAACAUGUUUUAACUAUA